AUGAAGUCACUCGGCACUUUACCUCUCCUCGUAGUUAUUAUCUUAGUGUGUAUUCUCAAUGUGAGCAGUCAGGGGUGCAAUCGGGUUUGCACCGAGGAUAUAAACUAUGUUUGUGGCACAACUAAUCGCAAUGGAAGAAUCAUUUACUGCACCUUUACUAACCAAUGCAAAUUGGAUAUCUAUGCUUGCAGAAAGAGAGAAACAUGGCGUUCGUCUCCUAGACGUUGUCGUCGGGAUUCCAGUGCAAACGAUUGCAACUAA